AUGAAGAAUUGUAAAAAUGAGGGAAAGACGAUUAUUUAUCUCAAUGAUGGACCUGGUUCUGAUCCUUACAGGUGUGCAUGCCCAAAGGGAUACAGUGGAGAUCUCUGCCAAAUUGGUGAGUUAAAUGUUAAAGAAAAAGCUUGAUGCCGAAAUUAAAGAUAAAAUAGAAAAAGAAUCAAAAGUUGCCUGCUGCAACAAGAACUCAUCUCGAGCCAUGCUAAUUGAAAAUGAAAGUGUUUAGCGUGUUCGCUCGGGUGCAUGCUGCAACUGUCCACUGUAUAAAAAUUAGCAAUCGUAGAUUAGCAUUGGUUUCUUUAUCCAUAGAUAGAUAUAUAAGGGUACGAUUUUGAGUGCAAUUUGGAAAAAACUUGCACGAGUGAGAUUUUUGAAAGAAGAUCAAAAUUGCAUGAGUCCGAAGAAUGGAAACUCACGAGCGUAUGUUUUUCUAAAUCACAUGACAAACCAUGCAUGUUAUUACUUAUUAAUAUAUAUAGCUACGUGAAAAAAUUAUGCAGAAGCAAAUUCACGGUCACUUGCAUGCUUAAAGCACAUGCGAAAUAAAUUUGCGAUAAUUUUUGUUUAGGCUCUUGCAGUAUUAGGUUGCUUUUUUAGACGAACUUGAACUUUUUUAGACGAACUUCGCACUUAAUUUUUAACUUGAGUAUUUUUUUCAUAUACAUUAUUCUAAUCAUUAGGCUAUAUAUAAAAUAUCAACAUUUUUCAAUGCCUUAUGUACAAAUAUAAUAGAUUAAAAGAUGUGUUGUCCGUUAGAAUUUUAUCAUGUUUCUUAUUCUCAUUUAGUUCCGACACUUUCUGACUCCGACAUAUUGUCUGGAGAACCAGCUAACUUUCUGUCAAGAUUAACUUCAUGGACCGGAAAGCCAAGCAGUAAUUGGAAGCUGUGUUGGCGUGCAACUAUACAUGGAUGGGCAGCCACUACCUUCCAUUUAAAAUGUGAUAACAAGAAACCAACCGUGACCAUAAUAAAAGUUGGUAAAUACAUCUUCGGUGGUUAUGCUACGGAAUCUUGGGAAGGUGAGACUUACAAUAGUUUUUCCCAUCAAGUUUUCAACUGUUUUGAACAAGAAAAAUGCCAGAGUCGUUGCUUGAAGAUAACUAGACGUACAGGGAUGCCUGCAUACAGGUGCAUGUAAACGUAUAGAUAUAUACUCUAACAGUAAAUUCUAUAAUUAAUAUUUUGAGAAGCGUGGAGUUUUUAGAAAGUCCGGGCAGGAGUUUGAACAAUAAAUUUUCGGAAUACAUUUUUACACGGUACAUGCAUGUCCAAAUUAGUGCGUGACAGUGCACGUGUAAAUAUAAUCAGUCACAGAUCGAUCAAACAGACAGAAGAUGUUCAUUGGCAGAUCGUAAUUUACUAGUGCGAGAGUGAAAUUUAUGCAACGUUUUCAUAAUAUAUAGCGACUCUCUAUAUCAUCAGGUCUUGAUAAAAUAUUUAAAGGAAGAAAACACAAAGAAAAAUCUUAAGCGUGUCGUAUCUUUAUAUGUGAUAAAAAAUCAUGUUAAUUUACAUAAACUUUAGCUUUGAUUUUCUCGGUUUAGACAAAGUUUAUUUUAAAAAUUACUUCGCCAAUGAACUCAUAUAAGAUGAGUCGUUUCUUUAAGCCAUUUAAAGCACUUGUAGUCGUGUUUUAUCAGAAAUAAAACUAAGGAAUACAACAACAAUAUUACUGUUGGAGAAAGUUAAAAAUAGUACAUUAUUGUUUUAAGUGAUGAAAAUGUUUUUAAAUCAAAUUAAAGAGGUGUUUUAUCAAAGAUCAAUCAAUUAUGACACAAAUGCGUCACUAUAUAACACUGUUAUUAUUUAGUAAAUUCCUUGAGCGUAUAUUCUAUACAAUAAAUAACAAUUCAUAUAUUAAAUACUUUAAUAAAAAACAAUUAAUCACAAACGACAAGCAAAGACUUGUAUAAAUGACAGUAAAACUAGAAAUCAAGCGAAAUAUAAGCACAAACGAGACAUUAAUUGUCCCUAUAUGCGUGCAAGGUAUACAAAUAUAUAAAAAAUAUAAACGGAUGUGCCAGUUAAAUAUCGUGCACAAUAAUCAAUCCGGCCCAGAAUAACUUUGUUGAUGCAAACGAAAUUAACAAAAGCAGAAAAAGGGGAAAGCUUAAAAUUUUAAAAUUUAGAAGUUGCUUUCGGCAAUCUGAGUGAACGAACGAUUAUAGCAUACCAGACAUUUUAAUCUUUAACUUUGUAAACAAUUACAUUAUGACAUACUUUUGGACUUAAAGAAAUAUUCAGUAAUAUAUAACAUGCAAACAAGAAGGAAACUGUAGGAUGGCAUCGUGUUACUAUGCAACACUAGUUGGCGGUCAGUGUGGACCUAGUUCGUACAAUCCUUCUAUUGUAGAAUACGUAACAAUCAAGGAUUGUAAUAAGGACAUUUUAAACCAUUGCUCACAAUAUAAAAUUAGUAACGAUUGUGGCCUGUCUGGAAGUGAAUCAAUGUUACUUCUUGCUCGUGCAGGUAACGUCACCGAAUUUAAUGUUUAUUUUUCAUUCUUUGACUUUGUUGACUUACUGUUUGCAAAUUUUAAAGAUUGUAACUAAAACGUAUCGGUAUUCUUUAGGAAUUUUUGAAAUCGACGAGUCAUACAUGAAGAUGACAGUGUGUCCUUUACAUCGAGAUUUGUAUGGCAUUCGCUGGAGGUGCAACAAGACCAGAUGCUCAAUUCGAAAUUACCUUGCAGCACAUAAAUCUUUAUCUGUCAAAGCUCAAUGUGGACUGACAACUUUAUUAUCAUCUUUUAUUUUUAACAAGACCAAGAUACUUAUUCCUGUGGGAACAGGUACGAGGUUAAUUUAUUCAAUACAUCUAUUUCCUGCGUAUAAGGUCGGCAGGAAACGUGAGAGAAGUAUGAGGAUAUUUACUAUGCAUGCACAAGUAGUGCAGGUUUUGUUUUUAACUGAAUUUCCACGUUUUUUGUAGAAUGAAGAAUUUACUUAUACUAAACUUUUAGCAGCAAUGCCUUUAUUUUACAGGAUAUACAGUAUAAUGUAUACGUUAACUUUUUGCUUGUUUUAGGGAUAUGCAGGAGCUGUAAAGAACAUUUAGCUCAUCUGGCAACAGAAUGGAGAACUAGUAAUUUAGUGUCAACUGACGACGAAUCAAGUAGCUAACUGCUUAGAAUUAUCAACAUCUCUGCCGCAGAUUAACGCAGAACAGCCGGUAAUAAGAAGCAAUUUUAACUUUAUCACGAGCCAUGAUCCAUGCACUACAUUUUAACAGCUUCUAUUCUUUAUUAGGAAGACAGUAAUACUAGUACGUCAGAUGAACUUGUUGAAGAAAUGGAUAAACUUGUACUUAACGAGACCAGGUGGAGCAUCUUCUCUCCAGACACUGCAAGUACUACAUCAUCAUCAUCUUGUGACGUCACCGAUGUUUCUUCUUCAUUGGUUGCUAGAAGAAAAAAGCUAAACGAAUAUUUGGAAGCCUGUAAUAUUCAUCCUUUGAAAAGACCAAUGUCAGAUUGGGACCAGAUAUCAGAGCGCACACAAGAACGAUACAUCCAAAAAACAUGUGAAAUUGUCUCGUCAGUGUUAAAUGAUAUUUCAUCCACUAAUGCCCCACAUCUUUGGAAAGGGCUUCAAACUUCCGGAAGGAUGAACAAAGCAUUUGGAUUAAGCCAUCAGCCAGCAGAAAAAGCUUAUUUAGAAGCCUUAGCGGAAGUGUAUAAAACCGCAGAUAGCUGGGAUACUCGGCGCCAAGUCUUAUCUACCAUGUCCGAUGUGGCUAAUUUUAAUGUCAUUUCAGAAUAUAUUCCUGGUCUCACACACUACCGUUUUACUAUGGCUAAUCUUCAUCGACUUCAGUAUGGAAGGUGCGUUCCAGUUCCGUUAAAGACAUCGCCUCGUCUUCGUAUAUGUCAGCAACAGCUUGAUCAUUUUCUGAGCUUUAUAACAAGCCCCCAUUUAGUGCAAGACUUGCCGUUUGGCGAAAAAGAAUUGAAGAUGUCCUCAGGUAAAACAAUUAAAGUACCGAACAUCAUCCGUACCAUGAUACCUCAAAGAAUUGUGAACCAAUACUCUCAGUACUGCAAAGAAAACAAUUUUCAAUCUUUCAGUAAGAGCACAAUGUUAAGAGUACUAGACGAAUGUAGUGCAACCCAUCGUAAAUCUCUUCAAGGUCUCGACAACUUUGCUGCUCAAG